CCCUUCCUCUCCCCUCCCCCUCGCCCUCCAGCUCCUUCCUCCUCCGCCUCCUGCUCCGCUCCACGGCUAGAAUAUCUAUGGGUUGAAACGUGUUGCGAUGAAACCCAGAGACCGAAACUAGGACGAGGAGGAGUGUGGCGGAAGCGGUGGGACUCCUAGGCAUGAGGGCUUCACUACAAUAGAGGCUCAACUCCCCCCGCCGUUCUUCCCAGCACCCCCCCGGUAGCCCCCCACGGAGCGAACCCCCCCCACCCAAAUCCCUUCGGGAAAAGGAUGGCGGCGUCACCUACCCAGAUCGAAGCUGAACUGUAUUACCUGAUCGCCCGAUUCUUGCAGUCCGGACCCUGCAACAAAUCCGCACAGGUGCUAGUGCAGGAGCUCGAGGAGCAUCAGCUGAUUCCGCGCCGGUUAGACUGGGAAGGGAAAGAGCAUCAAAGAAGCUUCGAGGAUCUGGUGGCAGCCAACUCACAUAUUCCUCCAGACUACCUCCUUAAAAUUUGUGAGCGAAUUGGUCCCUUGCUAGAUAAGGAGAUACCUCAGAGUGUUCCUGGGGUGCAGACAUUAUUGGGUGUUGGUCGGCAGUCUCUGUUACGGGAUGCCAAAGACUGUAAGAGUACAUUAUGGAAUGGGUCUGCUUUUGCAGCUCUCCAUAGAGGCAGACCUCCAGAACUACCUGUAAAUUAUGUGAAACCUCCAAAUGUGGUGAAUAUCACCUCUGCCAGACAAUUAACUGGAUGUAGUCGCUUCAGCCAUAUUUUCCCUUCAUCUUCAUACCAGCACAUUAAGAUGCAUAAAAGAAUUCUGGGACACCUAUCAUCAGUCUACUGUGUAGCAUUUGACCGAAGUGGGAGAAGAAUUUUCACUGGUUCAGAUGACUGCUUGGUGAAAAUUUGGGCUACAGAUGAUGGACGUCUCCUUGCUACACUUCGCGGGCACUCUGCUGAAAUUUCUGACAUGGCUGUUAACUAUGAAAAUACUCUCAUUGCCGCAGGCAGCUGUGAUAAAGUUGUAAGAGUCUGGUGUCUUCGAACCUGUGCACCAAUUGCUGUCCUUCAGGGACAUUCAGCUUCUAUUACUUCAAUACAGUUUUGUCCAUCAACUAAAGGCACAACCAGAUACCUCACUUCUACUGGUGCAGAUGGCACAAUCUGCUUUUGGCAGUGGCAUAUAAAAACAAUGAAGUUUAGAGAUCGCCCAAUGAAAUUCACUGAAAGAUCCAGACCUGGAGUUCAGAUAUCCUGUUCAUCAUUUAGUUCCGGUGGUAUGUUCAUUACAACAGGUAGUACUGACCAUGUGAUCAGAAUAUAUUAUUUGGGUUCUGAAGUUCCUGAGAAAAUUGCGGAAUUAGAGUCACAUACGGACAAGGUUGUUGCUGUUCAGUUCUGUAAUAAUGGAGACAGUUUAAGAUUUGUUAGUGGAAGUAGAGAUGGAACAGCAAGAAUUUGGCAAUAUCAGCAACAAGAAUGGAAAAGUAUAGUGCUAGAUAUGGCUACUAAAAUGACUGGAAAUAAAUUGCCAUCUGGUGAAGACAAAACUACUAAACUUAAGGUGACUAUGGUGGCCUGGGAUCGUUGUGAUACCACAGUUAUUACUGCAGCGAACAAUUUCCUUUUGAAAGUGUGGAAUUCUCUCACAGGGCAACUUAUUCAUACUUUAUCUGGACAUGAUGAUGAAGUAUUUGUGUUGGAAGCACAUCCAUUUGAUCAACGGAUCAUACUUUCAGCAGGUCAUGAUGGGAACAUUUUUAUUUGGGAUCUUGACCAGGGGACCAAGAUUAGAAAUUAUUUUAACAUGAUUGAAGGCCAAGGCCAUGGUGCAGUGUUUGAUUGUAAAUUUUCACCAGAUGGGAAUCAUUUUGCUUGCACAGAUUCUCAUGGACAUUUGCUACUUUUUGGUUUUGGAUGUAGUAAGUACUAUGAAAAGAUUCCAGAUCAGAUGUUCUUCCACACGGAUUAUCGACCUCUUAUUCGUGAUGCCAACAACUAUGUUUUGGAUGAACAGACUCAACAAGCUCCUCACCUUAUGCCUCCCCCGUUCUUAGUGGAUGUGGAUGGAAAUCCUCAUCCCACAAAAUUCCAAAGACUAGUACCUGGACGGGAAAAUUGUAAAGACGAACAACUUAUACCACAGCUGGGCUAUGUGGCUAAUGGUGACGGAGAAGUGGUAGAACAGGUAAUUGGGCAGCAAACUAAUGACCAAGAUGAGAGCAUUCUUGAUGGAAUAAUCAGGGAACUACAGAGAGAACAAGACCUGAGACUAAUUAAUGAAGGAGAUUUUAUACAUUUUCCAAUUAAUAGAUCAUAUUCAUCUAAUGAUUCUUUGAGAAAUCCAAAUAUGGACAUAUCUUCUUCAAAUAUUGGACUCCGACGUAGUGGUCAAAUUGAAGGUGUUCGACAAAUGCAUAACAAUGCUCCUCGAAGUCAGAUGGCCACUGAACGAGAUCUCAUGGCAUGGAGUAGAAGAGUGGUAGUUAAUGAACUAAAUAAUGGUGUUAGUAGGGUUCAAGAAGAAUGCCGAAUAUCAAAAGGUGACACAGAAAUCAGUCUUUAUACAGUUGAAAAGAAGAAAAAGCCAUCGUACACUACUCUGAGGAAUGAUCACCCGCCUAGCUAUGGGAGAUCUUUACGAAGGACACAACGCCAACGCCAUACUUACCAAACACGCUCCAAUAGAGAGCAUAAUUCACAACUAUCAAAUCAAAAUUCAGGUGCACAGGAUGACUUAGAUAGCUCCUCAGAGGAAGAUGAAACAGUUGGCACAAGUGAUGCUUCUGUAGAGGAUCCUGUUAUUGAAUGGCAAAGCGAAAGUUCCUCCAGUGAUUCAUCAAGUGAAUAUUCUGAUUGGACAGCAGAUGCUGGGAUAAAUUUGCAGCCACCAAAACGACAAACCAGAAGAGCAACAAGGAAAAUAUUCAGCAGUUCUGAGGAGGAGAAUUUGAAGCCACUAGAAGAACGGCAAAGGAAACCUAAACAAUCUAAAAAGAAGAAAGGAGGACUGGUUUCUAUGGCAGGUGAGCCCAGUGAAGAAUGGUUUGCCCCUCAAUGGAUCUUGGAUGCAAUACCACGACGCUCCCCAUUUGUCCCACAGAUGGGUGAUGAGCUUAUCUAUUUUAGGCAAGGACACGAGGCUUAUGUGAGGGCUGUAAGGAAAUCUAAAAUAUACAGUGUUAAUUUACAAAAACAACCAUGGAACAAAAUGGAUCUCAGGGAACAAGAAUUUGUUAAGAUUGUAGGAAUCAAAUAUGAGGUUGGGCCACCUACACUGUGCUGCUUGAAGCUUGCAUUUCUGGACCCCAUUUCAGGCAAAAUGACUGGAGAAUCAUUUUCCAUAAAAUAUCAUGACAUGCCAGAUGUCAUUGAUUUCCUUGUAUUACAUCAGUUUUAUAAUGAAGCCAAAGAAAGGAAUUGGCAGAUUGGUGAUAGAUUCCGCAGUAUAAUAGAUGAUGCCUGGUGGUUUGGAACUGUGGAGAGCCAGCAGCCUUUUCAACCAGAGUAUCCUGAUAGCUCUUUCCAGUGUUACAGUGUUCACUGGGACAAUAAUGAAAGAGAAAAUAUGAGCCCUUGGGAUAUGGAGCCAAUUCCGGAAGGAACUGCUUUUCCAGAUGAAGUUGGUGCUGGAGUCCCUGUGUCCCAGGGUGAACUGACAGCUUUACUAUACAAACCCCAGGAAGGAGAAUGGGGGGUUCAUUCCAGAGAUGAGGAAUGUGAAAGGGUCAUUCAGGGCAUUAACCACCUUCUUUCCCUGGAUUUUGCCAGCCCAUUUGCUGUUCCAGUGGAUCUGAGUGCCUAUCCUUUAUAUUGUACUGUUGUUGCAUAUCCAACUGACCUCAACACCAUCAGGCAGAGACUGGAAAACCGCUUUUACAGGAGGAUAUCAGCAUUAAUGUGGGAGGUACGCUACAUUGAGCAUAAUGCCAGGACUUUCAAUGAACCAGAUAGUCCUAUAGUUAAAGCAGCCAAAAUUGUAACUGAUGUCUUGCUUCGGUUUAUUGGGGAUCAGAGCUGUACUGAUAUAUUGGAUACUUAUAAUAAAGUUAAAGUAGAAGAAUUAAACAAUACUGAUGCAGAGGAGGAUACAGAAAUACUUGAUUUAGAUUCAGAUGGUCCUGGUACUUCAUCUGGAAGAAGAGCAAAAUGCCGAGGCAGAAGACAGACUUUGAAGUGCAAUCCCGAUACUUGGAGAAAACAGUGCAAAGAACUGCUAAGCCUCAUUUAUGAACGUGAAGACUCAGAGCCAUUUCGACAGCCAGCUGAUCAUCUUUCUUACCUAGACCAUCAAGAGCAAGAAGGAGAAUACUCAGAGUCACCUAUUCCAGAAAGACAACAAAAUUUAUCUCUUUCUGAGGGUUGUCAAGAUGCUAUAGACACUCCUAUGGACUUCAGCACUGUAAGAGAAACUUUGGAAGCAGGAAACUAUAGUAGUCCUCUGGAAUUUUAUAAGGAUGUUCAACAAAUAUUCAACAACUCCAAGGCUUAUACCUCUAACAAAAAGUCAAGGAUUUAUAGCAUGACACUGCGAUUGUCUGCUUUAUUUGAAAGUCAUAUUAAAAAUAUCAUCUCUGAAUAUAAGUCAGCAUUCCAGAGUCAGAAGAAGAGAACGCUACGGUAUAGAAAACGUCUAAGAAGUAGCAGUAGUUCACCAUCUAGUAGCCGAGCUCCUAGUCCCAAAGGGAAACAGAAACAAAUGAAGUUGCAACCUAAAAAUGACCAGAAUACCUCAGUGUCUUGUGCUAGGACUAGUUCUCCUUUCUCAUCUCUUGAUGCUGCUGAAGGGCUUUCACUGUAUCUACUUGAUGACAUAGACGACCCAUUUUCUUCAUCAAGUUUCAGUGGAUAUAGCCAAAGUGGAAAUAGCCAAGACCCAGGGAAAGCCAAAUCACUUCACAAUAGAACUUCACCAAUUAAACAAGAUCACUCUCUCGAUGGAUUGGAUCACUCCCUUACAAAUGGUGAUGGUAGAGAGCCUCGGACAGGCACCAAAAGAAAACUGCUUAUUGCAUCUGAAGAAGAUGAAAGCGUGGGACAAGAGGAAAAAGAGAAGAAAGAAACAAAAGAGAAAUCACAUCUCUCCUCUUCAGAGAGUGGCGAGUUAGGAUCGAGUUUAAGUUCUGAAAGUACCUGUAGUUCUGAUUCUGACUCUGAAUCAACUUCAAGAACAGAUCAAGAUUAUAUAGAUGGAGACCAUGAUUAUAGUAAAUUCAUACAAACCAGACCCAAAAGAAAACUCAGAAAACAAUAUGCCAAUGGAAAAAGAAACUGGAAGAGGAGAGGCAUGGGGGGAAGGGGCAGAUGGGGCAGAUGGGGUAGAUGGAGCAGAGGAGGCAGAGGACGAGGAGGCAGGGGACGAGCUGGUCGAGGAAGAGGUGGAGGUGGCACGAGGGGAAGAGGGAGAGGAAGAGGAGGAAGAGGUUCUUCUAGAGGAGCCACCAGAGCCAAGCGUGUACGCAUUGCAGAUGAUGAAUUCGAUACCUUGUUUGCAGGACGCUUCAGUAGACUGCCUCGAAUUAAAACAAGAAACCAAGGCAGAAGGACUGUUCUAUAUAAUGAUGAUUCAGAUAAUGACAAUUUUGUGUCCACUGAAGAUCCUUUGAAUCUUGGUACAUCCAGAUCUGGCAGAGUACGUAAAAUGACAGAAAAAGCCAGGGUUAGCCAUCUCAUGGGUUGGAAUUAUUGACAGUUAAUAAAUGUAAAUUUUAAAAAUUCAAUGGCCUUCUACUGCAGGGAGUUUACUAGGAAAUUUACAAAGUAAGUUGUGUGGGGACUUCUGAUUCCUUUCACAUUGGUGCUUUUCCAUAUUUCAGUAUACAUUUGUUUCAAGACUUUUGACCUCCACACUUAAUUUGUCCAAAUAAGCCUUACUCAUUGGGCCUUAAAUAAAAAAAUUCUGCUCACGCACGCACGCACGCGCACACACACACACACACACACACACACACACACACACACACACACACACACACACACUGCAGAUUUACUAUAUAAAGGAGCAUUCAGCUUCUUAAGAGUAGCAUGACAUUUUUAUCUUAAUAGAAUAUCCCCUUUUGCUUUUGUAUCAUAGAAGUUUAGUACCUUCUUACAGAGUUUUAUAUAGUUUGUUUUGGCAUUUUGAUUCUUGUAUCCAGUAAUAACUUUUGCACAAUACACCAAUCCUAAAGGCAGCUAUUAAAUGUUUACAGUUUCUUUAUUGAAAGAAUGAUCUGGAUUAUUUUACUCUUCCUAGGCCAAAUGUUCAUGCAUUGAACUAACUGAAGUAUAUAUUUAUACUACAGUUUUUUUGGGGGGUGGGGGAACUUGAUAUGCUUUUAAUUGAUUCACUUAACUCAUAUUAAAGUGAGAAAGGGUUGGUGCCUUGUAAAUAUGUAGCUGAUAUUUGUAGUGUAUUCUGAUGUGUGCAUUAAUUUUAUUAAAAAUACUUGAGGUAAAAAUUUAGACAAGGUGCCAAAUGUAAAAGUAUCUUGCAUCCAUUUUCCUUUAUAUUUUAUUGCAUUAAUAGAGCUUGUGUAGCUUAAAAAUUAACUUAAACAUUUGAAAAAAUACUCAACCACAAAGUAUACUUCUCUAAAUAGUAGCUCAGCUACCUCUUUCAACUAUAAUUAUUAUAAACAUUACAGGAAAUAGAUGCAUUAUCCAUUACUUACUAAAGAGAAGUAGAACAAGCUUGGCUGGCAUGAAUACCCCUAAUGUAAGCUGAGAGGUUGUUGAUAAUCACAUAUACUCUCAAAUUAAUAAUUGAAAUUUUUAAAAAUUCAUAAAUAUAGUAUGUUCUUUCUUAAACUUCUGAAAACAUUUUUAAGUAUACUUGAGCUACUGCUUAUGUAUCUCUGCUACCACUGUGUAACAUCUGUGAAUGACUGACUUUUAUUUGAAUCUUAAGUAUAGCAAAGCACUUAGUCUGAGUUGGAAUGUUUGGCUAGCUAAUAUUUUGAAUCAACUAUAAUAGGAUGUGUUCAUAUCAUUCCAAAGGGUUCAUCUGUUAAAAUCUUUCAGAAAGAAACCUAUUGCACUGCACACUGGUAUUUUGAAUCAUUGUUUUAUAGAUUUAAAAAGUCUUUUAAAAAUUCUGUAGUAUUGUUUACAGCAAUAGAGUGCAUAUAGUUCCAUAGUUGAACUUGAGUUACAAGAUCAAUUUUAUUUCUCAAAUUUGUGUAAAGUUGCUGAUUCGUUAGUUACAUAGAUUUUUUUUUAGGUGAGAGGAAUAAUGUUGAUCUUGUUUUUGUGUUUGCUGUUCUUUUGGUAACAGAUUUGUUAUGCUUAGAUCAAGUAGAUUAAAAUUUGGGGAUGAAAUUAACUUAAUGUAUGCCUACUAAUCUGAAUAUUUUAAGUUAAUGUAUUUUAUGCUUUCAAUCAUUUAAAUUCUGAAAAUCUUUAAAUGCAAAGAAAGGAGUAUACAUAUAACUUUUGCUUUUAUGACCGGCUCAAUUAGGGGUUAUUCUUAGACUAAAACCAUCAUACAUUUUUAACUUGCAGUAGAAAUGAUAUUCAGGCCUUAAGAUUAUGGAUUGUUAAUGGCACUAACUUCUAUUACUGGACAAGUAGAUCAAGCUAAUUUUAUAUUGUACUUUUUUUCCAAAAGAAAAAAACACUAUUUCUGAUUGUAACUCAGCUGUCAUGCUUAGCCAUAGUGUAAAUUAUAUAAAAAUCAUAAUU